ACUAAAUGCGUGUAUUAUAUACCAGGUUCUCACUUACGCAGUUUCUGCAAAAGGACUAUAAAAACAGCUAGUAUCAAAAAGGUAACACGACCCCCCUCUCUUUAGUUUGUUAGUUACUAUGACAACCGUAUUCCGUGACUGUCAACCUUGCAAGGUUCUGUUGAGUAAUGCUACACAGAUGAGCGUGGUUGGUACUAGUUAACAAAACAAUAGUACAAGUUUUAAAACGGGAUAGAGGACUACCCUGAAUAAACGCUAAAAUGGAGGGAUUUGUGGACAACCUAACAGAAGAUGAAGCUGAGAGACUGAGUCUUCAGACCAAACCCACCUGCUUCAUUGUAGUUGGAAAACCGGGUGUUGGCAAGUCCACCUUAGCCAAAAGAAUUGCAGAGUCCUGGAAGUGUAUCUUGAUUGAUGACACAGAUCUGCUCAACACACACAUAAAAAAUAAAACAAAGCAAGGGGAAGAGCUCUUAAAUAUCUUAUCUGAGGGGAAAAGCAUACCAGAAGACAAGGUGCUGCAGCUGAUUCUUGACAGACUGAACUCACCAGAUGUGGCGCACUAUGGAUAUGUGCUGAGCUGCCUGCCGUUUAUGUCGGAGGAGUGUCUGAAAGUACAUGAGCAGAUUGUGGUGAUCAAAAACCUCAAGCUUACUGUCGAUUUCAUCAUUAAUAUCAAAUGUGCAGACAAGGACCUGGCCCAGAGGUUGUCAGGCCUGAAGCAGCAUCCAGAGACAGGGCAGGUGCACACCACAGACCAUUGGAAGUAUGAAGAGGUGUACAUCAAGGAGAACAUGGAUGAGGAAGUGGAAGAUGAAGAGGAGCUGGCUGCUGAAGAGGAACCCAAAAAGGACAUUGUUGACCAGAUGGUGUGUCCAUCAGAGAAUCUGGCCAACAAUGCUAUGACUCGAAUCAACAUGUAUAAGGAAAUUAUUCUCAGACCACUGGAGGAUUUCAUGGCAGAGCACAACCCCCUCUAUUUGUUGGAACUGGAUGGGAACAAAACACCUGAAGAGCUACACUCUUCGGUAAUGUCCCGUCUUGGAUCCAUGGCAAUAACACGUGCCUCAGUCCCCAUCCUCCUCCACCAAAGUGAUGAUGAAGAAUUACCAGAAGAUAUUGACAUGGAGGACCUAAUGAGAAAAAUGUCUUCCACCAAGACAGUGGCCCCAGGCUUUAGGUGGAGAAGGAGCCGCUGGGGCCAAACCUGUCCUGUUGCUCUGAAGGAGGGCCAGGUCAUACCUGGCAAGCCUGAAUUAUCUGUAGGCUUCCAGGGAAAACUGUACAUCCUCUCAUCUCAGGAGGCCUACCAGAAGUUUGUCGCAAACCCUAGACAGUACUUACUUCCUCCAAUGCCCAGGCCCCCUUGCAGGGUUUCCAUCAUUGGGCCCCCUCUAUCAGGAACGAGUACCCUGUGUAAGCUUCUAGCCCAACACUACAACACAUUGGUUGCUGACAUGGAGGAAAUGGUGCAGCCAGUUCUGACUAAGACUGAACGGGAGAGGCUUGACAAAGUUGAAGAAGAGACCACACAGCUGGCCAUUAAGACAAUCACAAUGAAGAUGGAGGAGAGUGGCAGACAGAAUUCAGAUGAAAGCCCUUCUGCAGACGUGACAGAGGAUCACCCAGAGGUUAAAGCCAUGGUGCAAAGUGCCCUGGAGGAAACCAAACAACUGAGUACGUCUCCCCUUGGCCGGUAUGCUGGGGUCCUGGGGAAAUACAUACAAAAUAUUCAAGAUGCAGACACAGAGGCCAGGACUGAAUGGGUGCUUGACAACUUUCCCAAAAACAUCUCCCAAAUGGAUGCCUUACUUCAAGGUGAAACCCUGCCAGACGUCAUUUUUUGUCUCAAAGACAGUGGUGGACAUCAAGUUUUGAAAAGAAUGUAUGAGAUGAACCGAGAGAGUGUGGACAAAGCACUCAUGAAGAGGAUGCAGGAUGAGCUGUCUGCAAAGGAGAAAGAGGCAUUCAGCAAAAAUGAGCCCAAUUCAGAGGAACAUUCAAAUCUAGAGGCAGUAGCUGAGGAGACUGAAGAGUAUCCUGAGCAAUCGGGCACCAGCGGCCCCGUACAUUCUGACAUAAUCAAAAACGAAGCCUCUGCUGCUCAAGCUGUGACACUACCUGAUCACUGGGAGUUGGGUUAUCCAGAUGUCCCAGAGAUGAAGGACUUUAAACUGGAACUGCUACAGUUUGUGUCUGAAUGGGAGCAAAUGCAGCGCGCUGUGACUGUUCCCUACUUAGAACUGGAGAUUGAUGGCAAAAGCCCUGAAGACUUGCUUUGUGAGAUGGUGCGUCACAUGGAGAAGCCCUUCACGUACGUGCCCUGGGAGCUGUCAGCCAUGGAUCUGGAUGAGGAGGCAGAGGAUGCUGAAGCCUUAGCAGAGCUAGAGAGAGCUGAGGACAGCACUAGUGAUCAUGAUGCAUCAGAGGAGGAAGAUGAAGUGGACACAACAGCCAAGAGGUUACUCGGUGAUACUCAUCAUUUCUGUCCUGUGGCCUUAAAAAACCAUAACGUCCUGAAGCCCUGUACAGAUGAAAUAUCAGCCAGGUAUCGCGAGAAAACCUUCUACUUCUCCAGCACUGAAGCAAGGGAUGCCUUUCUUCAAAACCCUGCACAGUUUGUUGCGAGGAGUGAGCCACUCAAGCCUCCUGCUCUGCGGGUCUUUUUCCUUGGCACUCGUGGGUCAGGAAAGACCUCCCAUGGUCAGUGGCUCGCACAACAGCUGAGCCUCUUCCAUAUUCAGUUCAGGGAGCAGCUCCAAAUGCUCAUCAUGUCCAAGACAAAGAAGCAGGUGCUUUAUGCUGAUGAGGUAGAUAACUCAGAGGAGUCUCUGAAACACCUGAAUGCCCUUAUUAAGGAGGCCAAGAGGCAGGACAGAGAGGAGGAGCCUGUGGAGGAUACUUCUGCCAACAUGAACAACACUGAGCCGGAAGUGGUACUGACUGAUGAGGAAAUGGCCAUCAAAGCCUAUCUAUCAAAUGGAGAUCCACUCAGUCCACAGGUCUUGGACAUGGUUAUUGCACCUUACUGGAAACAAGAGCCAUACAUGUCCACUGGUUUUAUCUUGGAGGGCUUCCCACAUCAUCCUGAUGAAGUGCAGUACAUGAUGCAGCAACAGCUUUACCCUGACAUUGUGGUCAUGAUGUCAGUGGACGUCGCGGAAGUUCAGAAACGUCUGUUGCCGACAUACCUGGAAAAGUGGCGUGAGCACCGCAACCACCAGGACACACAGCUGAACGUCCUUCAUGAUCUGCGUAAGAAAAAACAGGAGGAGAACAUUGUCAAGAGGAAGGCCGAACUAAUGGCAGAGAAAGGUGCUACAUCAGCAAAGUUUCACAGGGAUGAAGAAGACAAUGAAGAGGAAGAGGUUAAAGAUAACAUAGAGGAAGAAAUAGAGGCCAUUCUGGAGGAUGAGUUUCCUUUAGAGGAGGAUAAUGAAGACGCAAAGAGUGAGGAGACUGAGGAUGCAGCUACUGAGAGGCUGGAGAUGGAGAUAGAGGAGCGCUUUGUGUCGGAUGAAAACAGUCUUGCUAUUGUAACGGAGCUUUUAAGUGAGCAAAACAUACCCAGCAUCUCAAUUAGUGCAUCUCGAAAGCCUCGAUAUGUGCGGCAUCAGCUCCUCCAGAAAUUGCAACCUCUGCUGACUAACAGGGAGUCACUUUUCCAAAAGUGUCAACCAAUCUCAUACAGCCUGGCACAGAAGCUGCUGCUUUCCUCUUACAAGUUCCACAGUGCCUUCCGCUGCUGGGAUCCCAUCAAGUUAUACAAAGAGAGAAACAUAAUCCAGCCUCUGCAGUGGCCGCUCAGUACCACAUAUCCACUGAUCUUCAAUCAGUAUAUUUACUUCUUUGCAUCGAAGGAAAACCGCAAGACAUUUACGUUGAACCCUUUGAAGUAUCUCAGGCAGCCAAAGCCAAAGCCAUCCCUCCCUGUAAAAAUGGCUGUCCUUGGACCGCCCAAAUCUGGAAAAACCUCUGUGGCACAGAUGUUUGCUCAGAAAUAUGGAGUGGCGCGGCUGUCCAUUGGCAGUGUUAUGCGUAUGGUGCUUGACACACAGGAGCACACUGACCUGGCAGUCCAGAUGAAAAAGCAUCUCUCCCAAGGCCUUGUUGUGCCAGAUGAACUAGCCAUUCAGUGUCUGGAGGUGGCGCUCAUGAGCUCGGUUUGCAUCACACGAGGGUAUGUGUUGGACGGCUUUCCGAUGACACUUAAACAGGCAGAACUCCUUGGUUCUCGAAGUAUCAUCCCCAUGAUAGUGACUGAGCUAGAGCUGGACACAGUGGAGGUGCUGAAAAGAGGUCAUUUGGACAAGAUGAAAUCCAACAAGCCUCACCUGAUGCACGACAGCACUGAGAUCCUACACAUUCGUAACUCUCAUUACAAACAGGAAGUUGAGCAGGUGAAGAAAUACUUUCAGCAACAAUAUCAGAACUGGAUUGUGCUUGAUGCCCUAAAGAGCAAAUGGUGGAUAUGGAGCAGCCUUUUAAAGGAAGUCAGUAUCAGCACGACAUAUAUCCACAACUUCCUUGAAAGAGCAUGGAGCGGUAAAGCAGCCUGCAUCAACAGGCUGUGUGUCACACCACAGGAGCUGCACUGUCGGCUUGGAGAGUUUGGCCUGUACUGUCCUGUCUGUCUGGCUUUACAUCACCACCUAGUGGACUGCUCAGAAACUGCAGCUUUGACACACGCAGCCCAGUACAGGGGACAGUAUUACAAAAUGUGUGGGGGAGACCAUGUUGAGAAGUUCCUGUCCACUCCAGAUCAGUUUGUGCCUCCUGGCUGCCCACACACUCACCCGCAACCCCACCUGCUGCCAAGAAAGCUAACUGAGAUACAAGUGAAGGACAGGUUCCCACAGCAAGUCGAGUUGAAGGGCUUUUGCCCUGUCACUUACCUGGAGGGAAAGCAAAGGUAUGAAGCCCUUGUUCAAGGAAAGUUGGAAUAUGCAGUGGAAUACAAAGAACGUAUUUAUAUCUUCAAGACAAAACAGGAACGGGAAAUGUUUUUGAGGACUCCUGAGACCUACUGGGACCAGACCCUGCCUAGUAAAGUUCCUCCUCUUAGUGAGCCUGUGCCCCUCACCUCUCUCCCAACACUGGGUUACCUGGAACAGGGUGUGGCAGUCGCAGUCAUCAAGGCCACGACAGCUGUUGGAUGUCUCAAACCAAAGUAUCCCUUUCUCAGUACAAAACGAUCAGCACUCGUCUAUGUGGCCGUAUAUCUGAAAGCUUUCAACCACAAAAGCACAGACUACACUCGUCAGAUGUACAAAAAGAAGCUUGCCUUGUUUGAAGAGAACUGUGCCCUCAUUCCCUACCUGACCUCAACCAUGAGAGGGAAGUACAAGCCUCCUAGAGAGCGUCCCAUUGACUUUGAAUUCAAAUUGAACAGGUUCCUGGCCUUGGAAGACCUGCCAAAAAUCAACUGUGUGCUGUAGCUGUUUGCCCGCAGCAUCCUUCAUUAUUGUGGCUUUCAAGAUUAUUUAUACAUGGUCUUGCACUCUUGUCUUUGUGUAGCUUAUCUAUAAAUGUAAGACAGUCAGGGGAAUUACCACUUUAUAAUAAAUGUAACUGAAAAAAAAACUGAUGUGGUAUCGAAUUGAUAAAGAAUAUUCUGUAUAAUAGAAUCUGACAUUUUUUCCCAGUGGCCACUCGUGGUACUGCAACAAAAAUACUCAAGUGGCCCAAAACCCUAUUUUCCCAUUGACCACAAUAAUAAAAGAGACACCUUUGUUCACAGGACACCUCAAGACAUGUACAUAGGCAUCUAUAGAUCUUUAUAUUCUAUAUUUUUAAUUCAUGGAGCAUCAUAUUUGUAAAACUUUUCUAAAGGCCAUAAACAGCCCAGAAAAAUCUUAUUUGAAGAUAAACAGGUUUAAUGCAAUAAUCUGGAGUUAUAAAACUACUUUACUUUACUAUUGUUCCUUAUAAUGUGAUCAUGAGUCUGCAGUUUUUCUGGCAUGACUUAAUUUUUUUAUAUUUUCUGAUAAUUAUAUUAAUAUAAUAUCAAUGUAAGAAUGAUAUUACUAUAAUGAUGAUACACUUUAUAUUCUGUGAAAGCAAUAUUUGUUGGCAAUAAAA